GAGAGCAGAGAGCGCGAGCAGCGGGACAGGGCAGCGGAGCGGCGCGCGGUUCACCUCCUGGCUUUGGCUUUUCACGUCUAACGGACCUUUAGCGCAUACAGCUAUUUCUUUCCGACUUCAGCUACAGUGCUAGCUAAGUUUGGAGGGGAGAAAGGGGGAGAAACGCCGUGUCUCGGUAGGUUAUUGAGUCGGUACCGACAGGGAGAUGCAGCGGUAACCGGGGCCCACCUCCACCACAACAACACACAAAAGAGGAGACAAAACCAACACUCUCUUCGUUAUUUUUGCCAUUUCGACCGCUUUAAAAUGGAUAACCCUGCACCUACGAAGUCCUGCUGUGAAUCGGUCCGAGACUUCUUCACGUCGGCUAAGUUCCUAAUCUACAUGGGCCAUGCUCUGUCGACAUGGGGCGACCGCAUGUGGAACUUUGCGGUGGCGGUGUUCCUGGUGGAGCUGUACGGGAACAGCCUGCUGCUCACGGCCGUGUACGGGCUGGUGGUGGCCGGCUCCGUGCUGCUGCUGGGGGCCAUCAUCGGAGACUGGGUGGACAAGAACCCCAGACUCAAAGUGGCCCAGACCUCGCUGCUGGUCCAGAACAGUUGCGUCAUCGUGUGUGGGAUCCUCCUGAUGGUGGUUUUCCAGUUCAAAGAACAGCUCGUGGAGAUUUACGAUGGAUGGAUUCUGACCCUGUGCUACAUCCUGGUGAUCUCCAUCGCCAACGUCGCCAACCUGGCCAGCACGGCGACGGCCAUCACCAUCCAGAGGGACUGGGUGGUGGUGGUGGCGGGCCAGGACAGCAGCAAGUUGGCAGACAUGAACGCCACAGUGCGGAUCAUCGACCAGCUGACCAACAUCCUGGCUCCCAUGCUGGUGGGUCAGAUCAUGUCCUUCGGCUCCCAUUUCAUUGGCUGCGGCUUCAUCUCCGGCUGGAACCUGUGCUCCAUGUGUGUGGAGUACGCGCUGCUGUGGAAGGUCUACCAGAAGACCCCGGCGCUGGCCCUGAAGGGGGGUCAGAAGGAGCAGCAGCAGGAGCUCAAACAGCUCAGCCCCACCAAAGACUCGGACAACGACCAGAGUCCAGAGGAGUCUUCUCAGCCGCUGAUGAUUGACACGACCGGUGCCGUCAUGCCCGACUCCCCCAAACAGCGAGGCUUCUGCUCCCAGAUGACCGAACCCCUGCGCACCCUGAAGGCCGGCUGGGUGUCCUACUACAACCAGAACAUCUUCUUAGCCGGGAUGUCCCUGGCGUUCCUCUACAUGACGGUGCUGGGCUUCGACUGCAUCACCACGGGCUACGCCUACACGCAGGGCCUCAACGGCUCGGUGCUCAGCCUGCUGAUGGGCGCCUCGGCCGUGUCGGGCAUCUGCGGCACCGUCGCCUUCACGUGGGUCCGCAAGAAGUGCGGCCUGAUCCGCACGGGCUUCAUUUCGGGCGUGACCCAGCUGUGCUGCCUCCUGCUGUGCGUUGCCUCCGUCUUUGCCCCCGGGAGCCCCUUCGACCUCAGCGUCUCGCCCUUCCAGGACCUGUACACCCACCUGGUCGGGGAGAAGACGCUGCCCGAGGCCGACUACAGCCUCACCAGCGUCCUCGCCGGCGGGAACGCCACCGCCACCGCCACCGCCGGCCCUCCCGCCGAGGAGCUGCCGCACCUGCAUUCCUACAUGUCUGUUAGCCUGCUGUUUGCUGGCGUCAUUGCUGCUAGAGUUGGCCUGUGGUCCUUCGACCUCACCGUGACCCAGCUCAUGCAGGAGAACGUGAUCGAGUCGGAGCGAGGGGUGAUCAACGGCGUCCAGAACUCCAUGAACUACCUCCUAGACCUGCUGCACUUCAUCAUGGUGAUUCUGGCCCCGAACCCGGAGGCCUUCGGCCUGCUGGUCCUGAUCUCCGUGUCCUUCGUGGCCAUGGGCCACGUCAUGUACUUUGGAUAUGCCUUCAAGAACCUGGGCAGCCGCCUCUUCCUGUGCUGCUCGCCGGAGCACAAGGUGGAGACGGUGGACAGCCUGUCCCUUCCCACCACCGUCUAACCCCCUUAACAAGACUCUGUCCCGGGUACAUAUCUCUCAAGCCUUACCCUACUCCUGCAUCUUAGCUAGCGCACUAACACCUUUGCUUGUAGCUGGCAGAAUGCUAACCUAAACCAGAGGAAGGUAACUUAACACGCUACGCGUACUGUAGCCAUGAAAACAGCAUUAAUCAUUAGUAGAGGGUGGGGAGGAGAACUCUUCCGGUCUUAGGACAACGCAUCCACAGGGAGACCUUUAGAUGAGGCAGGGUUUCGCUAACUUUUUCAGGGCCGGAUCCAGAUAAGAGCCUCUGCCUCCCGCCUGUCCAUGCUCUGUCAGACCAGGAUUCAUCGCAAGAAAUCAGACCACACGGCACUGCACGCUAGUCUCCUCCUAGCCCACAGCCUGAAACUAGCUGUAAAGAUUCUUAAAAGGUGCUUUAACUUAACUUAAAGGGCGACAUGGGAGAGAAACCAUGCAGGGAAGCAGCCGCCGAGGCUUGGAUAACGGGGGGGGGGGGGAUGUCUGAGACCCCCAAGAGAGAGAACGUCCCCCGUUUUGUGAGGCUUGGCUCUCAGUAACUUCAUUGGUGCUGUAGCUGGGACUUCCACCUGGUCUCUGGUAGCCGGGCUUUACAUAUACAUGUCUGAUGAGCAGGUUGUCUGUGGAUGUCUUCCUCGGGUUUGCUCUUUAUUUAACCAAACACAAAUCUGGGAUCUAGUCUCUUUAACACGCAGGUAUAAGGGUAAUGCAGUUAAUUGUAUUUAUUCAGGAAAUGGUGGACGGUGUUUUUUAUAAUAAUCGUGUACUCAGUGUUGUGUUUUGCCCUAAGAAAGAAAUGAGAAACCCAAUGCAACGAUGUCUAUAACUCGCUCAGUAACCAAAGUCAGAGUGCAGAUGUGGCAUAGAAGGAAGUGAGGGACAGCAGAUAUCUGUUCCAAGUCUUCCAAAUGUACUUGUUUACAUCAGGUGACAGUAGUUGUGUAGGUUCACUAAUGCAUUUAUACCCCCGUUGGUACACCUGAGUCAGUCUAACCCGCUCUGAGACUCAGUUAGGUUUCUGUUUAGCUCGUUAAUAGCUUCAUUUAGUCUCCUUUUGAUUUUUCUCUCCUGAAUUUAUUGUUUUUAAUCAUGAUUGUUGUUACACAGGCACUUUAAGUGAUUGACGUCUGUCAUUACACCCGACUCGCGUGAUCAGGCAUUUGAUCAAUAUUUUUGCACAUGGCUGGAGUCCCUGAACCCCCCCCCCCCCCCCCCCCCCCCCCCCCACCCAGUCUUAUCCAAUCACUUCGCUUCUCUCGGCCAGACGCUGUGGUUGAAACAGAAAACAAGGCACAUAUUGUAACACUUAUGAGGAAAAACUGGACCAGCUCAUGUGAAAAAAGUCUGGAAAGUUUACCUCAGAAACCCACGUUUCCUCAAAAGUCAGCCAGACAACUCAGUCAGCAAAACGUCCCGGAUCCUAGACCGCCAACAGACUCUGGACCUGUUUCACUUCUAAACGCUGUAAGCUUUAACAGAGGUGGACCCACUUCACUCAAGUCAGUCAUUUUGACAUCUCUGUACAGUUCUAGUCUAGGAAAUGUAUUUCCAUAGUCUCUCAUGAACACGUGUGGCUCUGUUUGCAUGCUACUUGUCCUGGAAGUGAUUUUGUAAAAGAGUGUUUCCAAAAACAGCUAAAAAUCACCGAUAUCUGGGAAGUAGCCUUGCUACAAAGUGAGCCCACUGUACAUAACUCUAUCUGAAACAUGUACAAAUGACAUUAUAAUGAUGAAUGCCAAAGUAUAGUGGAUCAAAUAAGAGUCCUGAUGACAGCAAUAUCCAUGUGAUCAGGUUUUCUAACGUUAGCCACCAGAAGCUAAGCAAGGCUGAAGCAUCAAAACCCCAAAGUUACACUUUUGAUUUGUAAGAGGAAUAAUGGGUUAUUUCGUCUUUCAGAAUUUCAUGAUCUCACUUAUAUUUAUCUUAUAUAUAUUACUUAAUAUCAUCUGAAUAUACAGUAGUUGCUGAUGUAGCAGUAACUAGGUCUGGCCUUCCAUGAUCUCUGUUGCCUUAAUGUAAACUAGCCUUGAAAGCUGUCAUGCGCACACAUCGAAACCAUGAAAAAUGGAGCCGGUCUGGCCCAGAUUUUGGGGAAUUGCGAAGGAGAAAUAUUUUGGUUGGAAACGAAGGUAGCCACACAGGAUGUAGGAGAACAGAAAGCCACUUUUCAGCUGCAUGUGCUGAGUCAGGAUUGGGUCUACAGGUGCGCUUUUAAAGUGCUGACUCACGGGGAAGGGAGCUUCGUGUUCAGGGUCCUGGACCUCGGUCUGGGCUCGGAAACCAAACCGCUCGAUCUGCUGAUUCAGGAACAUCUCACACAGCCAUAAAUCUGUAUUUUUAAUGUAAAUAACAGCACCCAGACAACACAAAAUAUACUUAAGUAUACAGUAAAA